AUGAGAAGAAAAAUGAAGCAGAGGUCUUCUUUCCCGUCGACGCUAAGUGCUCUAGACGGAUCUCGGCGGUUAAUCCGUCAAAAUCAAAAUGUCCUGAAGCAACCACGUACAUAUUAUGUCAAGGAGGAUAAUGGAAACUGUAGCGAUUCUGAAAUCCGAGAGUGCCUCCACGAAAGUUAUAGAGACGACAUACACGUCCUUGCGACGGAAGAGAACGGGUUCAUCUUUCUGAAGAAUUUUGUUACCGCCACAGACAUCUAGUUCUGCGAAAAUCCUAAUUUCACAAGCUAUUUUUAUGAAUUUAUCUUUGAACAAUUCCCAAUAGUUUAUAAUGGUAUCCCAUGUUGUUUGGUACCGUUAGGAAGAAAUGAAAAUAAAGUUGCUUAGUAUAAUUAAAUUUCAAUGUGACACCGCCAUAACAUGCAAUUAUAUAAUAAU